AUGCCGGAGACGAGGCAGAGAUCUACGCCACGCGAAAAUGUCGGAUUGGAAGCCGCGAUGGAAAGUUCGUCGUCUUCGUCACGACGACCACAAGAGACGGGUCGAGAUCCGGAUAUACUAUUCCGGAACCACCAUGAGCCGCAGCAGACGAUCGCGGCUGCAAGCCAUUCGGUACAAGCGGCGGGUGUCAUUGCGGAAGGCUCGGGGCAUCAAAACUCGACAAGCUCGUCCAGCUUGCCUAAUCCACCCGCUAUCCUGGGUGACAAGCGAAAGGACAACGUCGAGCAUUACCGACGGCCGCUAAAGUCCCGAGCACUGGAGCGUCAACAAUCGUGGUCACCUUCGAACCUUGAUUUCUCCUACGGACAUACUAACGAGGCCAGAAGACCCGACCAAGGGCAAAGACCAUCCAGACAACGGAUCGAAUCUUUCGCGGCAAGGCGGACCGAUCGACCAUCAUCCAUGUCUUCGGUGACGCCUACCACGCCGAAUUAUCCAAAUUCGGUUCAGAAUCUUACGACAGCGGUCUUGCCGUCGAACGAUCAGCUGUUAGAUUCUUUGCCAAUGGCAACAAGGUUGCACGACGUAUUACAUAGCGAGGCUCCCAUCCCGGCUAUGAGCCGUUUGCAACCAGCAGGCUCUCGGUCCAUGCGGACAAGGAUCCCGAGCGGGGUUCUACCGCUUGAGAGCGAGGCCUCGACGCUGGUCAGCCAUUUCCUCGAUCACACCAAUACCUCGCUACCUAUACUUAGCAAGACGAGGCUCUGGCUUCAAGUCGAGGCGUUAUACACUAACGUACAUGACGUGCUCAAACAGGAAGACGUCUGUCUGGUCUUUCUGGUAUUUGCAUGCUCUGCCAGCACCAUCCGAGGCAAUUGCGCAGAGACGGUUCACCUGAAAGAGAGGGCACCGAGCUUCUGGGCAGAGGCUAGCAAGCAUCUCGCAGCUUGUACCGCCGUCGACUCGGUGUUGCGAAUAGAAAUUAUGCUGCUCCACUUGCAGUACGUCAUGUACAAUCCAGCCGCCGGAGUCGUAUGGGAUCUAGCUGGAGCUACCAUGCGGACUGUCAUCGAUAGCGGAUUCCAUCACGAAACCUCAAGUACCGGCAAGAGGGACGACCCGGACGCCCAGAUCGAUCACCAAGUGGAUCGACGGAGAAGGCUCUUCUGGUCAAUAUACUGUAUCGAUCGUAACCUCGCCACGGCUUUAGGUCGGCCUCCUGGUAUACCUGACAACUGGAUCAGUGCCGAGCUGCCCUCUGUACUCGACGAUGGGUACAUUGAGGGAAGGGGCGAUGACAGCCAGCCGAGCAGGCUGAGCCCGAGCAAAUUGGCCACCCGCCAUCAUAUUCGUAUCCGACGCCUGCAAUCAGAGGUACACAAUCACCUCUACUCGGCUGCGGUACCUGAUGAACCCCCGCCUAAGACCUGGUUCGAGUCGGUACAAUCACGGCUGGACCAGUGGCGCGAGGAUUGGCCUGCCCCGACCAGUUUUGUCAGCGAGGAGUGGCUCAACCUCAACUAUCACAUGACGGUGACUCUGCUGUUGCGGCCGACCGCUGCCAACCCCAAUCCUGACCGAUCACAAACGCAGACGGCACUCGACAGCAGCAGUCAAGUAAUGAGGUUCUAUAAAGACAUGUUUCGCAAAGGGCGCAUUAAUUAUAAUUGGGUUGCGAUGUACCAGCUCUUCAUCAACGGCGUGACUUACCUGAAUGGGUUGUGGCAAGCGCAUCGCCAUGGAUGGAGCAUUGUCCCGACGCUCGUGGACGCAUUGCUGGAUAUACAAGGCUGCUCAUCUAUCAUCGAAGCGUUGGCCGUCAUCACCCCGGGUAGUAGCGGGAUACGAAACGCAUUUGAACGGGUAUCCGAAGGAGUCAUACGGCAUCUCAGUCAAUAUUCGCGACUGGCCGGCUUGUCGAGACAAGUAUCGCCGAGCGGUUCCCAAAGUCGGCCUUCCAACGGGACAACAACCGUCUGCUUACAGCCGCCGCGGUCGUCACUCGAUAAUUACACUCAGACGACGGUGGAGCGACUUGAACCCCAUGAUCUCCCGUUUGCCCAGGUGCCACAAUACUCGUCUGGCUUUCCCAAUAUCAUUGGCAAUGAGAUAGCGCUCGACGAAUCACUCGUAUUUGGCGAACAUCCGUUCGACGAUCUCCUAUUCAGGCCGCUGGGGGAUUAUACGGGUGAUCAAUGGGACGAAGCAGUCAACAGUGUACUCGACCAGAUGGCAGCACAAUAG